GCAUUGAUUAGAAUAAAUGAUAAGUGAUCUGCUAUAAUAUGUUAAGCUGAAAAUAUUAGUGUAUAUAACUUAAAUCUUUAUAUUAUGUUUUGAGUUGAUAUUAGGGUCAGUUCAGACAAGAUAAAGGAGCUAAAGAACGCUCUUAAAGUUUAGUCUCCUUUCUUCGUCAUUUGAUUACUCAUUUUGUUUAAAUUUUAUGUGGCGCACUUUUUAAUCUAUUUAAAAAUAAUGACAUUUUAUAUGUUUAGAAACAGUUUAAUUUAAAAUUCUUAUUUUACGAGAUGAUAUCUAGCCACAUAAAUGUCUAUGGUUUGCUUUAGACCACGAAUUUCAAAAUUCUUUAUUUUUUUUUUUUAAAUUUUAAAGGUUUGUCUGAUGGAUUGAAAUGAAUAUUGUCAUUGAUAGAUGUGAAUAAUGUGGUUUCAGUGUAGUUUGAUAGAGCAGGUGUUUUUUAAAACCGUGUGACAAGUCAACCAAAGACUUAGAUCAAUUAUAAAGAAGACAGUGCCUUGAACUGCAACUGAACACAAUUUUCCUACAUUUGCAAGCUACUUUCACAUUCAUCUACAAUGGCUUCUACUUCUUCAUCCACUCAAAAUUGGAAGAAUGAUGUUUUCUUGAGUUUUAGAGGUGAAGAUACUCGUAAAACUUUUGUACAUUGUGCCGGUUUGCCCCCUUUAGCUCUGAAACUUUUAGGUUCAUUUCUCUAUGGAUUAGACAAGAGCUAGUGGAGAACCACUUGGGAAAGCCUGAAGGAUAUGCCAAAAUCAUGAAAUUCUUGCUAAGCUUAAGAUAAGUUUGGAAGGACUGGGGUAUACUGAUCAGAGACUCUUCUAGAUAUUGCAUGCUUUUAUAGAUGAAAAUUGAGGACUUAUGUUGAGGAAAUACUUGAGAGCUGUGAUAUCGGAUCUACUAUAAGAAUAAAAGUCUUAAUUGAAAAAUCUCUCUUAUUUAUCUCGCAAUAUGACACAAUUGAAAUGCAUCAUUUGAUACAAGAAAUGGCCUAAGGUGGCUUGAGUGGGAAGGUUGCCCUCUAAAUUCAUUGCCACAGAGUUUUGAACCAUCAAAGCUUCUUCGCCUUGAUAUACAUGAACGUACUACACUUCAGAAACUCUGGUUAAUUUCGAAGGGUUUGGGCAAACUAAAAAACUUUGUAUCUCAGCUACUGUGAGCACUUGGAAGAAGUUCCAAGCUUUGAGAUGAUGCCAAAUUUAGAGAGAGUAAAGCUAGAGGGAUGUAAGAGUUUGAGAGAAGUCAGUCCAUCAUUCGGAAUUCUCAUUAAGCCCACUUCACUUGAGCUAGAUUGUCAGAGCCUUGACAAGCUUUCAAGUUAUAUUCAGAUGGGAUCCCUUAAGAGUCUCAAACUUUCUUGUCUUCCAAAGUUGAGGGAAUUACCAGAAACCAAGGGGUUGCUCCGUUUAUUGACAUUAGAGCUAACCGAUUGUCAGAGCCUUGAGAUGCUUCCACGUUUUAAUCAGAUGGAAUACCUUGUGACUCUCAAACUUUCUUGUCUCCCAAAAAUAAUGGCAUUGCCGGCAACCGCUGCGAUGCACCAUUUAUUGGAACUUGUUAUAGAAUAUACUCCGAUAGUAGAAUUUCCGGUGUCAAUUGGAAAUCAUGGUUCCCUCAAACAACUAAUAUUAAGUCAUUGUAAAGAUCUGGUAAGCAUUCCUAACAGCUUUUCUUGUCUGAAGAAUCUAAGAGUUCUUGUGAUCUACAACUGCAAAAGACUUGCAGAUUUGCCAGAAAAGAUGGGUGACCUGAAACUGUUAGACAAACUAGUGGUAUCUGGUACUGCAAUUCCCGAAUGCCCCCUUCAGUUGCAGACCUUGGUGAACUGAACUUUUUAUCAUUUCCUCGCUGGUCUGGAUACAGACAAGCUGACAAGGUGCAACUUUUCUGUUACCCCCUUCAUCAGGUUCAUCGUCGUUUAGGGUGUUAAAGCUUAAUAAAUACAGGCUAUGUAGUGGAGAACAUUUUCUGGAUCGUGGAGGCUUAUCUUCUUUGGCUCACUUGGAUUUGACUAGAAAUGAUUUAACGAGUUUCAAUGAAAGCAACAAUCAGCUCUUUCAUUACCUAGAUAUUACAUUUUGUGAGAAGCUUCUAUUGCCCAAACUUCCAGCAUGCAUAAAGGAGUUAUAUGCAUAUGAUCCUUUAGUCUUGAAGAGCAUCCCUGAUUUUAGUGUCAUUCAAACAGCAUAUUGAGAAUAGAGGUGAACUGACUGAUAUCUUGCACUUUGUCCUCCGGUUAAUUAGUGUGGCAUCUCAGGUCUCUCUCUCUCUCGUCAUUUUUCGGCAUAUCCGAUUAAGUUUAAGGAAACAGAGAUUGGAGCUGAUACAAUUUUCUUUCGUGUAGUGUGAGAAAAGGCUACCAUUUAGCAUUUUUUCCCCUGGAGAUAUAAGAUGGAGCGGGUUCAAUUAUUAUCGGAAAGAACAAACAAAAAGAUUCUCCACUCCACUUGAUCCAUGUUGGUAUGCAAGUAAAUUCAAAGGAUUUGUUAUAUGCUUUCGUGUACUAUUGGAUACUGUUCAGAACCAGAAACCUUUGGAUGCUAAAUCACGAAGAGGAAGUUGCUGGUUCAGUUGCACUAAGGUUACAACUAAGUUACUGCAAAGAUAUGACAUGCAAGAACAAGAUGUACUACAGAAAAAAGUGUUUGCUUGUUGCUCGCUAGAUAUUUUGCUCUCAUGGUAGUAAAUACGCCGUCUGCUUUAGCUACAUGCCUUUUGUAGCACUAUGGCAUACUUCUGAUAGUGAAAAGGGGAAGAGGCCAAAUGACUAUUGCUUCUUUGAGGCGUCUAUAGACCCAGGCUUGCAACAAAAUGGGGACUUCUUCUGGUGUACGAGAAUAAAAUUCAACAGAUAGAUCAAUCAACCAUUACGGUCCAACGUGAUGUGGAAUCUCCGAGUUCUGACCUGUUGAGAGAAUCUAAUGAUGACCAAGGCCAGAAGUUGGAGGAUGCUUCUGUUAAGAGAAGACGGCUUGAUUUUCGUCAAAGAGAUAAUAUGGUGUCAUUUGAAGCUGGCUGCUCUAUGAAAUUUCAAGUGAUGAAGGAUUCAUGCUCUCCCAGUCAGUUUCAAACUUACCAAAUAAUUCCUGAUCGACAAUUGGAAGCAUCAUGCUCUUCUGCAGCUCAAAGCCUCCAACACAGGGAAGAGUCAUGCUCUUCUGGACAGCCCCAAACUUUACAGAUCUCUUUAGCUGAUCGACAAGUUGAUGAAGAAUGAGGCUACCUCCUACAUGGUAUUUGAACAACUGGAAGAACAAAGCUCUUCUGUACGUCCUGAAAUUUUUGAAGUCUCUGCAGAUGAGCGCAAAGAUAUUUCAGUGACAAAUGGAUCAAGCGGCUCUGAGGUAUUCCAAGAAUUGGCGGCACCAUGCUCUUCUGGACAACCUCAAAUUCUCCAGCUCUUUCCCGAGCGUUCAUGAUCUAGAAUCACUAGCAGCCUCUUAAUUUGCUGGCGAAAAGGCAAAAAAUGGCAGGAUGUCAAGGUUGGCGUGAAGCUUUUGGUGAGAUCUUAUGCUUUUCUGCAUGCCUGUUGGGCGUGUACAUGUCCUUUUCUUUUUGUUUUAUCCUGAUGCUACUUUUAGGUACUUCUGUUUGGUUUCAGUUAUUCAUGUUUUUGUGAUUCAGGGAGCAUUUAUUUGCUCUGAAGCUGUUAUAUGCAAAUCUUCUGGCUGGUUCUCUCUGUUUGGGUUAUUUUAGCUUGCAUCUUAGCGUGGUUUUUCUUUCUGCUACUGCUCGUUCAAUACAUAUUAAAAUAGAAUUUAUCUCUUUAUUAAUGUAGACUUUGGAACAUUACAUGUCAGUGAUGGCAUCUUGUGAUUGUGUAAGAGUUUCCACACGCCAUGGGUCACCCUACCUACUACAUUAAGGUUUUGAGUUGAAUGUUCAGAUUCUUUCACAUAGUAUCAGAGUAGGCCGCAGUCGUAAGUUCAAGUUCACUACCACCCUUAUCAAAUAGAAUUUCCACAUGCUUGGCUCAAGGAAAAGAUGCAUGCUUACAUGUGAUGAGAGUAAUAAAAUUCAACAUGGUAUAACAACUGGACUCAUUACGUAUGUUAGGCCUCCAAUUUUAUGUUAUGCACGUAGACGUUUGCUAAGCAAGGCGAAAUGCCCAACCUAUUUUGCGCAUAGCUUCAAGCUUAAGGUUUUCUCAAAUGAGCCUUUGAUAACUGUAGGUGCUAAGAAGCUCGAUUCUGUUUUUCUUUUUUCUUUUUAAAUUUAGAUGUUCACUUCUGAUGAACUAUAAAUUAUUAUUUUCAUUUGUCAUAAGUUUAAACAUAAUUGAACCUAUUUUUAUAUUGGACAAAAAAUAACUCAUCCACUGAGAAGUAUAGCUAGUUUGGAUAUUUGGAAUAAAGUUGGACAAGAUCUUCUUGCUCAUUGUAAGUGUCACCUUUUUUUUCACUAACUUUUAAUCCGGAGUGGAUUGAACUCCCUUUAUUGAACGCUCAUUGGUUAUAUAGGUAAACUGUAUAUUAAAAAUUUUAAAAAUAUAGAUGUACACACACAUCUUCGGCUGAAUCAUCUUGUCAUAAGGAAUGUCUCUAGGGUUAUAGUCAAAGGAGGUCCAACAUUUGUAUGAGGUCCCCUGUUGAACUCCAUUAGCAUCACUUUGUUGUCCUUUUGAAGAACGUCCUUGGUUAAAUUCUUGGUCUGCCCGUUCUUAUUCCAAAUUUCUCUUUUCACCAUCAUGGUAAAUUGUCAAAAUGUUUUCCAUAUAUUAUGUUGAUAUCAACCAAAUUGAAGGUUUUCUGAUCUUGUAAGCUUGUUUCUAAGGUUUGUCUUGGAGCAGUGUGUCACAUCGAAUUCUGACUGACAAUGGUCACCAGAAAGGCAAUGUCAGGUUGAGUCCAGAAACUACAGUCCCAUUACCUACUUUAAACCUUAUAUUUGAAAUUUCUUCUCAUAAUUUCACUAUCAUCAGUAGAGUAACUAUGUAUACCUUAGUGAUCAGAUUGGUCCUCCACCCUCUAUACAAAAACCACAUUUGUGAAAUAUUACCUUGCUAUUUUCCCAAUAGGGCUAUGUUAGCUCCAUUUAGAUUUAGCCCUUUGUCGCUCCGAUUUUUCCCUCAAGAGAAAAAAGAAAAAGGCUCUGUUAAACACCAUAGCCGUAACUCCUUUGCCCUCCACCUUCAUAGGAGCUGUUUAGAGAAUCUAAUGAUGAGCAAGUUCUGAAAUGAAUGAUGCUAUUUCUUAAGAGAAGAUGACUUGAUUAAUAUUGAAAGAAUGAUAUAGUUCCUUGUCCUUUUCAGUUUCAAUGGUACUCUUGGAUACUGUUGUUUGUUUCCAGUUAAUGAUGUUUCCUGGAAUAUAGAGAGCAUUUAUCUGCUCAUAAACUGUUACAACCAGGAUCUUCUUGCUCAUCAGAGGUAUCUCUUUCUAUGGUAUAACUGUUUGCGGUUGCGCAACCUUUGUGCAGUUUAUAGUGCACAAAAUUUAACUUACUUAACUGUUUCUUCUUAACUGGCUUCUGUUAUGAAGAAGGCAGUUUAAAAGAAAAUCUGCUUUCCUAGUAGGACUUUGUUAAAUACCAAACCUCUGACUCCUGUAUCCCCACCUUCAUAGAAAUUGUCACUGUUUCUCAGUUAACUUGAUGAGAUACGAGAGUAAUAACAUAAAAAUUUACAAGUUAUCUGCUACAACUUUGUUGGAUAAAACUACUUUACCAACUUGUUGUCUUUGUGGAUUAAACAUAAUCUGGUGCAUUGUUCGAGGUGUAUUCAAAUUGGACCACACUUUACCAAUAUAAAAUAUAAUAAGAUAUUCAACAAUAAAAAAGAAAACAGGAAACUAUAAAAAGCUUGCUUAUUGUAUACAUAGAUAUAAAAUUGAGCAGAAAAGGUUAUAGGGCAUAGCAGAAGUUGCACAGGCAAUAAAUUCAACACGUAAGACGAGUACUACAGUUGAAAUUAAUUAAAGAAUGUCUGCUAUAAUAUUAAUGAUUGCAAUCAUGUGGAUAUCAAUUUCAACAGCCGGCCAAGAAAUAUUGCAAAGUGUUUGGACUAGAAAGCAGCUUGAAUUUGUUUUAUUGUAAUUUGAGUUUGUUUUAUCUUUUUGUCCUUUGUGAGUGUCUGAAUGUGGUAUUUGGAAAAAUUGAUUUUUGGAUUAUUGUGAGAGAUUGUCUUUGUGGUUUGACAGCUCUGUUUUGUUUAUAAAACAACUAAGAUGGAUUCAUUUAUGUUCUAAUUCGUGUAAAAUAGACUUAGUGAAGUCAAGUUUAUGUUUUUGUCCUCGCACUGCUUUUCCCCACCUGCCUCCCGCAUUUCAUUAGCAACUUCUUGUCCCUACUUAUAGCUGAACACUUUAUUCCUUUGUUUAGCUGUAGUUCUAACACUAAAAGUUAGCUGUAUUCAUGGAGAAAUCCUACUCUUUUGUUCUUUCGUUAGUCUUCGAACUCUAUUUCUUAGUAGCAUGCAGGGCCACUAACAUAAGCACAGAUCAAUCAGCUCUUCUUGCCUUGAAAGCCAGCUUUGCUCUAAACUCUUCUCAUCCCUUAACUCAAAAUUGGUCUUCUCAAGCUUCAGUUUGUAAUUGGAUUGGAAUCAGCUGUGGCUCUCGCCACCACAGGGUGACUGCACUAAAUGUAUCCAACAUGAACAUUCAUGGUACCAUUCCACCACAGUUGGGAAACCUCUCCUUUCUCGUUUCUCUCGAUGUGAGCAAAAAUAAUUUCCACGGAGACUUUCCUCAAGAUUUGUCUCGUCUACGUCGAUUGAGGGCAAUUGAUCUCGGAUACAAUAAUUUUAGCAGAGAAAUUCCAAUGUGGUUUGGUUUAUUUUCUGAGCUUAAGAUGUUAAUUCUUGAUAACAAUGCUUUCACUCAUAUACCUCCUUCUAUUUCUAACCUAUCCAAGUUAGAAACUCUCAGUGCUGGAUACAAUCGUCUUCAAGGCAAUAUUCCCAUAGAGAUUGGCAAUCUUCAAAAUCUAAAAGAGUUGGUUUUAGUCAGUAACCAACUUACUGGCUUUAUCCCCUUCUCCAAUUUGAACAUCUCUUCUUUGGAGACUUUAGCUCUCACAUAUAAUCAAUUAUCAGGAAGUCUUCCUGUAGAUAUCUGCAGCCGUCUUCAAAGAAUCAAAAGCAUUUCAAUAAUUUCCAACCAAUUGAGUGAUCACAUUCCAUCAGGUUUAUCUAAUUGCUCAGAACUGUAUGACUUGGCUUUGUCCUAUAAUAAGCUCAGCGGGACCAUUCCACCGGAACUUGGAAAGUUGGAAAUGCUUGAGUUAUUAACCCUUGGGGGAAAUAACUUAGAAGGCAUAAUUCCAGAGACGAUUGGAAAUUUACGAAAAUUGCAGAAAUUGCAACUUGAGAACAACCACAUAGUGGGUUCAAUACCGCGCACCAUAUUCAACUUGUCAUCACUAUGGUUACUUAAUUUCAACACCAACAAUUUAUCAGGUGUUAUACCUAGAGAGAUUGGGAAUCUUCAAAAAUUGGAGUUGCUUUACUUGCAAUUCAAUAAAUUAAGUGGUUCCUUACCGGAAGAGCUCUUCAAUAUUUCUACGCUAAGAGGGAUGGCACUUUCUUACAAUAACUUUUCGGGUAGUCUUCCAUCUGCUUUAGGCUACUGGUCAACUACUCUACAGUAUUUGCAUCUUGGUGAAAACAACAUUGGUGGAGUUAUACCCAACUCAGUGUUCAAUUCUUCAAAUCUGAAGGAAUUAAUACUUAAUGAUAACAAAUUCAGUGGGGCAAUUCCUAACUCGUUAGGGGAUUUGAGACAGCUUGAACGUUUGCGCUUGUUCCAUAAUAACUUAACAUUUCCACAACUAAGUAUCUUUGCUUCCUUGGCAAACUGCAGAUCUUUGAGAGAGAUAGAUUUGUCAGAUAAUCCUCUUAAUGGUGUUCUUUCAGAUUCCAUUGGCAAUCUCUCCACUUCUCUUGAACUAUUUGAUUUACGUCAUUCUGAAAUUAGUGGCCAGUUACCACUAGGAAUUGGGAGUUUAAGUAACUUAACCGAUUUGUACCUAUUCGACAAUGACUUGACUGGAUCAGUGCCAAGCACAAUAUGUGAUUUACACAAUCUUCAAAGGUUAUACCUUCACCAGAAUAGGUUAAUUGGACCCUUGCCGGAGUGCCUCUGCACAUUGCCAGUGUUGGGCGUUGUUUCUUUGUCAUAUAAUCAAAUUUCGGGUCCGAUACCAUAUUGCAUUGGCAAUGUUACCUCUUUGAGAAACAUUUAUCUAAAUUCAAAUAGGCUCACUAAGAUACCUAUGAGUUUAUGGAGCCUCAAAGAUCUUGUAGAGCUUGACUUGUCGAAUAAUUCUUUGGUUGGUUCUUUACCUCCAGAUUUCGGAAAUUUGAAUGCCAUAACAUUCUUAGAUUUGUCAAGGAAUCACCUUUCAGGAAGUUUUCCGAGCACAGUGGGGGACUUGCAGAAACUACUUUAUCUUUCUGUGGCUUAUAAUGAGUUACAAGGAUCUAUUCCUGAGUCACUUGGAAAAAUGUUAAGUUUGGAAUCGGUGAAUCUAUCCAAUAACUAUCUUUCAGUUUCAUUGAUGGUAUUAGGUUCAAUUGUUCUGUUCAUGUUAAAGAGACGUGGGAAUAGAAAUAUUCCAACUCAAGUCGAAUCUUUACCUGCAACAACACCAACCAGGAUUUCAUAUAUUGAAAUUGAAAGGGCAACUCAAGGGUUCGACCAAUGCAACUUGCUAGGCCAUGGAGGUUUUGGCUCUGUUUACAAGGGCAUGUUUCCAAAUGGGAUGGUUUUAGCCAUCAAAGUGUUUACCUUACAAUCUGAAGUUGCAUUUAAGAGUUUUGAUCUUGAAUGUGAAGUUUUGCGCAACCUUCGCCAUAGAAAUCUCACCAAAGUUAUCAGCAGUUGUUCCAACAUGGAUUUUAGAGCAUUACUACUAGAGUACAUGCCCAAUGGCAGCCUGGAGAAAUGGUUGCAGUCUGAUGAUUACUUCUUGGACAUAAUCCAAAGAUUAGACAUAAUGAUUGAUGUGGCAUCUGCUUUGGAAUAUCUCCACCAUGGUUGCUCUACAGUUGUUGUACAUUGCGACUUGAAGCCUAGUAAUGUCUUGCUAGACGAAAGGUUGGUUGGACAUGUGAGUGACUUUGGCCUGGCAAAGUUAUUGGGCGAAGGGGAAUCUAUUUUUCAUACUAAAACACUUGCUACAAUGGGUUACAUUGCACCAGAGUAUGGAUCAGCAGGGUUAGUUUCUACAAGCUGUGAUGUGUACAGCUAUGGCAUUAUGCUUAUGGAAACUUUCACAAGAAAAAAUCCGUACGAUGAAAUGUUUCAAGAAAACUUGAGCAUGAGGAGUUGGGUAUGUAAUUCACUACCUGUAGCACCAGAGGAUAUUAUUGAUGUCAGUUUAUUGGAAUCUGAAAAGAAUGGUUUUAAGAAAAAGUUGCAUUGUGUGUCUGCUAUAUUGGAGUUGGCACUGAAUUGUACAGCAGAAUCUCCAAAUGAGAGGUGGAACAUGAAAGAUGUCCUGGCAAAUAUCAAGAAGAUCAAACUUGCAUUUCUUCGCGAAUGUGAUGAUGCUCCAAACAUGCCAUUCUUGCUCAACUCAAAGCAAAACAGAAGAGGAUAAUGGGAAUAAGUUGGAUUGAUUCAGUUUUCUAUUAUAUGGAGAGUCUCAUAUUUAUUAAAGGCUUCGAGUUUGCAAAAGCCUAUAUCAAUAAAAGGAGGAAAGAGAGACCAACUCUGUAGAAGAAAUGACAAAAUAAAGCUCGCCAACAUAUUGCUGAACC